ACCCCCAGUGUCUUGCAGCCCUUGCAGCACUCCUCUUUCGCCUUUGUGUCUGCAGGCGUGAAGAAGUAAUGACGAAAGGAGUUUCUUGGCCCAGAGGAUACGUUAAAUUUUUGGAUUUCUUUGGACACCGGGGGAUGCCUGCAAACUGCCACUGACGGACCAGCAAUAUUUCUAUUUCUUACAUUUCCUCAUCCUUUCAUAGGCCUUAUAGGUGACCUUUCUGACCGUGCACUUUCUUUAUACUGUGAAACUAAAUCAUACUCUGGGGGUGUGUGGUAACUCUGGACCAUGCUCUCCCUGUGGUUGUUCUUGCUCCCCUGCAUAAACUUUGUGCCUCAGGCCCUGUCUGAGAAAGGCCUGGAGUUGCCACAGUACGAUGGGAAAGACCGUGUUCUUGAUAUCAAUGACAAGAACUACAAGAAAGCUUUAAAGCAGCACAGCAUGCUCUGCCUGUUCUACCAUGAGCCCAUAGCAGACAGCAAGGAACUGCAAAAACAACACCAGAUGACUGAGUUGGUGCUGGAGCUUGUAGCUCAGGUUAUGGAGGAGAAGGACAUCGGGUUUGGAAUGGUUGACUCCCACAAAGAUGCAAAGAUAGCAAAGAAACUGGGCUUAGAGGAAGAGGGAAGCAUGUAUGUUUUUAAGGCUGAUAGAGUUAUCGAGUUUGAUGGUUUGCUCUCUGCUAACACUCUGGCCGAGUUCUUGUUGGAUCUGUUGGAGGAACCAGUGGAAAUCAUAGGAAAUGCUCUGGAGCUGCGAGCUUUUGACAGGAUGGAGGAAGACAUACGUCUCAUUGGUUACUUCAAGAGCGAAGAGUCCGAGCACUAUGAAGCUUUUAAAGAAGCCGCUGAGCAGUUUCAGCCCUACAUUAAGUUUUUUGCUACAUUUGAGAAAUCUGUGGCCAAAGAGCUGAGUCUUAAGUUAAAUGAGGUAGACUUCUAUGAGCCCUUCAUGGAGGAGCCCGUGUCCAUCCCAGGCAAACCUCACUCUGAGGAGGAGCUGGUGGAAUUUAUAACUGAACACAGGCGACCAACACUGCGAAAGCUGCGUGCAGAAGAUAUGUUUGAGACCUGGGAGGAUGAUAUUGAAGGCAUUCACAUUGUGGCCUUUGCAGAAGAGGAGGAUCCUGAUGGUUAUGAAUUUUUGGAAAUCCUAAAGGAGGUGGCCAGAGACAACACUCACCUACCUGAGCUGAGCAUCGUCUGGAUUGAUCCCGAUGACUUUCCACUGUUGAUCCCCUACUGGGAGAAGACCUUCAAGGUGGAUCUGUUCAGACCACAGAUCGGAGUUGUCAAUGUUACUGAUGCAGACAGUGUGUGGAUGGAAAUGGAUGAUGAGGAGGAU